AAGUACAACUCAACAACAUAAAAACCUUAAGCUCCAAGAAACAUAUCUAGAUAGAUAGAGAGACAAACACUUCAGUCUCAGAAAAUGACGAGUGGUCCACAAAGUGAGCCUCGCUUGACGUCGUCGUUUUUGGUAGAUAAGGUAGCUGACGCACUUCAUUCUGGUCACCUCACUGACCCAUCUGAGCUCUCCGAUCUUUGCUUCUCUCUGGCCAGAGGCAUUGAUCAUGCAAUUGCAAAUAAGGAGGUUCUGCUAAAAGCAAAGGAUUUGCCUGUGUUGGUUAAACAGGUAUAUAAGUGCAUUAGUGAUUGCUCACUUCAAGCAGCUGCAAUGACGCUUAUGAUUUCGGUCAAGAAUGCUUGUAUGAUUGGAUGGUUUCAAAUUGAAGAUAUAGUUGAUCUUCUUACUUUGGCUGAGGAGAUAGGUAAAAAUUUCAGUAAUACUGAGGAUAUUAACAUUGAACCAAGCUUUGCUCUCCCCAGUAUUUCAAAAAUCAUUUCUAGAUUCUAUCCACGUAUAAAGAUGGGCCACAUACUUGAUUCACUUGAGGUUAAGGCUGGGUACCGGACCAUUUUCUCUGACUUCCAUAUCUUGAAGACUAUGUUGGUUCCUAUGCAAAAUCAGAUAGGUCUGUUUGUUGCUCAAAUGGAUAAGAUGGACACGUCUUCUUGCAUUAUGACUCCACCUCAAGCAAACUUUCUGUUAAAUGGUCAAGGAGUACAAGGAAGAAUUAACAUUUCCAUGGAUACUGGACCACAGCUGCCAACAAAUAUUACUGCAAUGCUCAAAUAUGGAAUUAAUCUUUUUCAAGCUGUUGGGCAGUUUAAUGGUAAUUAUCUCAUUGUUAUAGCCUUCAUGCAUGUGAUGUCAUCAACUUCUGACAUGCCAGUAUUACAAGAUUAUGCUCAGCCUGUUCUUGCUUCACUUGAUUCUGAUUCUGAGAUAAUUGAGGGGCCAUCGCGUGUUUCAUUAAAUUGCCCAAUAAGCCACAAGCGUAUCAAGACUCCUGUGAAAGGACAUCUCUGCAAGCAUUAUCAGUGUUUCGAUUAUAAUAAUUUCAUGGAGAUGAACUCAAGAAGGCCGUCAUGGCGUUGCCCUCAUUGUAACCAGUCUGUAUGUCACCCAGACAUACGCAUGUGCCAGGAUAUAGCUAAGAUAUUGCAAGAGGUUGCGGAGAAUGUUGUUGAUGUAAUAAUCUCGGCAGAUGGAUCCUGGAUGGCUGUCUUGGAAAACGAGGACCAUACUGAACAAACGGAUCAUGAGACACAAAGUUGUCAGCAAGAAAGACCUCAGCAGAGUGAUUCUGAUGGAAUCUCAUAUGUUCCUGCUGAAGUUGCCGAUCUUACCAUGGAAGGGAACAAUGCUGGCAAUGCCAUGCGUAAAUCUGAAAGUAUGAACAGGCAACAUUUCGUGGAUAAUCCCCCAUGUUCUUCUGUUUCUGGAAAUCUUGAGCACUCAGAAGUCAAUGCUUCAGAUAGAGUGAACCAAAAUGGUUCUACUCAAAUAGAGGAACAUAGUUUCUGCUGCCCCAUGUCCCACACUGUUCAUGACAAUUUGUCAAGAACAACAAUCCCUGAUUCACAAUUAUUGCCUUCUGGUAGCAAUGGAGUUCUCACAGCUCCAAGUAAUCAGCAAAAUGAUAGAAGGGGCCAAUCAAGAACAAGAGAUGACGAACCAUUUGAAAGGAGUAUUCGACGUAGACAAUAUAACACUAAUGAUGAAAGUAGAAGUCCAUUAGUGAAUAUCUUGGCAAAAACUACGGUUAAUGAAGAUGGUACUGUUACCACCAAUAUAACUGAGCAACACAUGCCUCUACAAGAAUGCGACCUUCCUUUGUCCAAUUCUGCUGCCCCACACGUUUCAGUAGGUGGCACUUCUACCUGGGCUGGCCAUGUAACUGAUGGCAAUCCUCAAUUAUCUUGCACUUUAGCAGUUUCACCUGUUGCAACAGAUGUUGUAUCUCCUCUUCUGAAUCAAGAAUCUGUGCAUGUACACAGUUUUCCUGUACCUCUCUCAUCACGACAAAGCCAACUUUUAAGACGCAGUAACUUGCAGUCUUGGCAAUUUGGCUUUGGAAGUCCAAUUGUCAACAAUGAAUGUGGGAGUUUCCCAUCUAUGGCUAUAAAUGUAGGUGGAACUUCUACUUCAACUCCAACUCAGGGCCUCACAGCCCAGGGUCAGGUGCCCACUUCAUUUGAACAAAGAGCUUUAAAUUCAUUAACACCCAGUGGUACCAUUUCUUUUAAUUAUCAGAGCACUCCUUUUAUGGUACCUAAUAUGAGUGGAUAUCAUGCAUUUUGUGGGGGCAAUGAUAGAGGUCAGCAACUACUCAGGCAACUUGUGAAUUCUAUACCAGUCUCAGACAUGGCUUCGUCUUCCAUGCAAAAUCAUUCAUUCACACAGAACUGGAAUGUUAAUAGGAACCAUUACAUUUCUGGUCAAGCAGUCCAACAGGCUGGCAGUUUUCCUGCUCAAGGACUUGGUGCACAUCACAUUUCUUCCACAUCCUCCUUUGGGCAUCAAAAUCCACACCAAUCUAGAGCUCCCUGCUUGAGGAUGACUUCAGCUAUGACCCAGCCUCAAAAUAUUGUCCAUCCAUCUAUUCAUGAACAAGCUGUUCAGUUUCAGCAAGGAGGUGUCAAUAACACACAAACUCAGCUGAGGGCUGCUGCUCCACCAAUGGCCCAGAUGUCAAGAACAGCACCAUUCGUACCAGUUCAACUCCAGCCAUCUAGAACAGGUUCAUCAUUGUCUCAUUUAAUGGCUUCUGAGCGGUUUAGGACAGCUAAAGAGCCGAGAGGGAGAGUGGAUGAGACAACACAGCCGGUCUUGUGUGGUGAUGGCUCAGCAACAGUGGCAUCAGUAGAUAACUGGCAGCCCUCAGGCAGAAUGAGGGGAAGCCUCAGAGGCGAUGCUUAUGCUGCUGCUCUUAGACAAUUCAUGCUUAGUUCAACCCAGUGUGCUCAAGUUUCCCAAACCUCAUCUGGGUUGAUGACUACCCCUCAUGGUCCAUUGCCAAUGCAAGACCUCGUCCCAAGUAGCAUCAAUGCUCAAAUUAAUCCACCGGUACAAACUCACCAAAGGCCUGGAGGUGCAACUAGUUGGUCAAGCAGUUGAUCUGCUUUACUUAUAUCUCUAGGGAUGCUAAUCGUCAUCAUUUGAGUCGGGGUUACACUCUUCUCAAAUUUUUGGGAUAUGCAUGAUAAUUUGCCGAGGUGCAUCCUGUAACCAUCUUGUGCAGUUACAUGCUAUUGUUUUGAGAUGUUACACGAGUAUAUUUUGUGGAGUUGUCUUACAGAAUUCGAGGGUACUUUUAAUUGUAUAGUGGUUAUCCAAUAUGCAUGAAGAGUUUUUUUUUUUUUUUUUUUUUUCCUGGAAUCAUUGAACUAGAUUUGAAAAUUUUGAGGGGAGAAAAUCAAAGGCAAGAGUAUUAAAAAGUUACU